AUGGUAGAAGGCCGUGGAGUAACGUCCUAUACCUACAACAAGGAUGGGAGCGUCGCGCACAAGACGACGGACGGGCGCCUCAUCGUCCCGUUGACCAAAGAAGAGGCAGGUGACCAGGUCUGGCUCACGCGGGCGGGAACCGAGGCGUAUCUAGCCCGCAAACUCGCCAAUCCGGAAUGUACUACGGGCCUGGACGCCGCCCAGGCGCGGGCAGACGAGGCGGGCAUGCCGGCCAUAGCAGUCCCCGAGACGCUGGGGCAGAUGUUAACCAUCCUGGCGAAGAGUAUGCGAGCACAGCGUGUCCUGGAGAUAGGCACGCUGGCCGGAAUAUCGACGCAUUACCUCGCUUGCGCGCUGCCAGCCGACGGACAGAUCGACACGAUCGAGGCAUCACCCGAACACGCCAAGAUUGCCCAAGCCAAUUUCCUCGCUUUAGAUACGUGUCCCUUCCCCACCACACAUGUUGGACAGGCACUCAAGCUCCUUCGCGACCCCAAUGGGGUGUUCAAAGACCCUCCCGGUACUAUCGAGGGACUGCCGGAGCCGGGGUACGACCUCGCAUUCGUGGACGCCAACAAAGACGAGUACUUUGAGUACUUUACUGAGUGUCUACGGCUUGUGCGGAAGGGAGGGGUCAUUGUGUUCGACAACGCUAUACGGAACGGCCGCAUCGCCGUGCCCGAUGGCACCAAGAUCGACUCGGAUUGUGUGGGGUUGCGCAAGAUGUACGAUUGGAUCGAGAAGGACGCCGGCAAGACUGUGAUCGCGAGCGCGAUCCAGACAGUGGGCGAUAAGAGCUGGGACGGCUUUGCGAUCGUAUACAAGCUCUAA